AUGGCCCAUAUUCCCAUUGCUGCAGCAGAAAUUGCUGGUGCCUACGGCAGGGGAGGGCACCUGAGGCCAGGAAAGGAGAAACUCACAUUUUCAUCUUUAUAUAAUCUCACCAGGGAAGGAAUCCUAGAGAAGCAGGAAGAGGAAGAAAUGGCUGGGUCUCAGGGCCUGUUGACAUUCAAGGAUGUGGUUAUAGAGUUCUCUCGGGAGGAGUGGGCAUGCCUGGACCCUGCUCAACGGAAUUUGUAUAGGGAUGUGAUGUUAGAGAACUACAGAAACCUGGUCUCCCUGGGUCUUGCUGCCUCUAAGCCGGAUCUUAUCAUUUGUCUGGAGCAAAGGCAAGAGCCCUGGAAUGUAAACAGACCUGAGAGAGUAGCCAGACACCCAGCAUCAUGUCUGAAAUGUGUCAGUAGUAGUGAUAUUGAUAUUUGCUUCUGA